GAUAGAAGUUCAGUCACCAUAACUGCCAUUAGUCUCACACUUCCCUCUACAGAGGUCGAUAUACAAAUACCAGCAGAUGCUUCAGUGAACCUUCCUCUUUCCCAGCCAAAGCCACAAACUGAACAGGUUCACCCAGGAAAGCAGAGCACUGCAGUUUCUGCAGCUGAAGAGAUGCACUCUUGUUCUGUCCCACUGGGUCUUUUCUGGUAUGUGAACCACAUGUACGAGGAGGAAAUGAAACGCAUAGAGAAAGAGAAUGGAGUUAAAAUCAUUGCAGAGGUGAAGGUGAGAUUUGAAGUAGACCAGAAAGCUGGGAGCCCGGACAAAGCUCUCAAUGAGUUCACAAACCUCGUCCAGACCAGAAUGAGUGAAUCCUGUGGUUCAGUUAUUCCUCUGAAGUUUGUGGAUCCAGAUCAGUGGAGGGAUGCACUGAAAAUCAUCCAGAAAAAGGAAAACAAGCUUUUGGUUACUCUGACCUCCAAAGGAAUGACUGCAUGUGGGCCAAAAUAUAGUCAAGAUGUUAUCAGUAAGUCCUUAUUUGGGGAUCCAAUGCAGUAUAUGAACACACAUGCUUCUCUUCAUGAGUAUGAAAGAGAGUUUAAAGACACAUCACUGAAGAGUAACCUGACCACCAAAGACCACCUUACAGAUGCAGAUGUAACCAUGGAGGAGAGCUUGUGGAUGCCGAUGCCUACCUAUCACAACAGGCAAGAAGCAAGGUUCAAAAAUAAAUUUAAAAUGGAAUUCGAAGACUCAGACAUUGCUCAAAGCAAAAAAAAAAGCAAAGUGGAAACUCUCUACAAAAAAGAUGAAGGAUAUAACUUCAUGGAAGGCAAAUGUCUCGAAGCUCAACUUCAAAUAGACCAGAACACUGCCACAUCUCCCAUGAGAGUCCCACAGUUCCUUCGUGCUACUGGAUUCAGUCGCUUACUGAUGACCACAAACAAUGUUUUUCAAUCAGAGGGGGCCUCCAAUGAGCCUGUGUUGAAUGGCCAGCCAGCAAACAGGAAGCACAACGCUGAUGCACCCAGAGGAGGCAGGGCAACUGCAGGAGACAGUAAAGAAGAAAAAUGUUCUAUAUGUUUGGAUACAUUCAAAAACAAGAAACAGCUCAAAUGUGAACAUGAAUUUUGUGAGGAAUGCCUUCAACAAGCAAAGGAUGUGAAUGGGCCCAUCUGUCCUGUAUGCAGAGUCGCCUUUGGUAAGAUAAUAGGAGACCAACCAGAGGGAAAAAUGUCAUCAAAUAUAUGGCCCCCAUCCCUCCCUGGAUUCCCAAACUGCGGCACUAUAGUUAUCAGCUAUGAAAUUCCAAGUGGAAUACAGACGGAAAGACAUCCCAAUCCUGGACAGUACUACUGGGGUAUCAAAAGGAAAGCAUAUCUUCCAAACAACAGUGAGGGCAAUGAAGUACUGCAGCUGUUGAAAAAAGCGUUUGACCAGAAGCUCAUUUUUACUAUUGGAACAUCCAGAACAACUGGAAGGGACAACCAGGUGGUCUGGAAUGACAUUACUCACAAAUCAUCCACAUCAGGAGGGCCACAGAGCUUUGGGUAUCCUGACCCUGAGUACCUCAGCAGAGUCAAAGAGGAGUUAAAGGUGAAAGGCAUCGAGUGAAGACUUUGAUACAAAAUGCAGCUGAAUGAUAAAGAAGUUAAAAACAAGACGACUUAUUAAACAGACACUGACGUUCAAAUAUACUGCUUUACUCUUUUCUCUGUUAAUGUUUCAUAUACUCAGUAUGGGUUGAAAUUGAGUUUAUUGAUUAGCAACAUAUCUACACUUAUGUAGCCUGAUUUUCUUUGGAUUACUUUUUUUUAUUUUACAUCAUUUAACAACAUUGGGAUUAAAUUUGCAUAUACAAACAUGUAAGCUCAGGUCUUCACUGAUGAUGAUCUGAUUCACUGUUUGCCUAAUAAACGUUUACCUGAACCCACACUGACUCAUCACAGUCAUUUCUCUCUUCUUCAGGGCAGGUUGUAAACAAAACACAAAACACUGCGGCUUGUUUUCUGUACAAUUUUUUUAAAUUUUAUUUAUAACAAUAUCUGUUAUUUAGUUUGUAAAG